AUGGAGGAGGAGGAGGAGCUGAUGCAACGCAUGGAUGAGAACGGUCCCCUUCAUGACAAGAGGAGGACGCAACAACGUCGUGGAGGGAGGUGGCGGCGUGUACUCACCACACUUGUCGCCACCAUGUGCGGACGCUCUCGCCAAACUCAACACCAUCGACGUCGCCGGCACCGCCAUCGUUUUACCGACUCGGGCCUAACACUGCUUUGA